AUGUCUUUUAAAUCUGACUAUUUCAAACUCAUAAAAAUUCAUUCCGUACUUUUAUCUUCUUCAGAUUCUUCUGACGAGGGAGAAGAAGAGCUUGAAGAUGAAGAUGAUUCAUUCCAUGAUUGA